UCUUCGCGCUUGGUUGUGUUCCGUUCACCAUUUCUACUUGUUUCUUAUUUGUGUUUAUUAUCUAAUGUUAAAAUAGUGUCUGUGCACAUCCAAGAUGCCUGUGUUUCACACGAAGAUCAUCGAGAGUAUACUGGAACCGGUCGCGCAACAGGUCUCGCGGCUGGUCAUCCUACAUGAAGAGGCCGAAGAUGGCAACGCUAUGCCGGACCUGGCGCGGCCCGUGCAGGCCGUGUCGCUCGCCGUCAACAACCUCGUCAAGGUGGGCCACGAAACCAUCGAGUCCUCAGACGACGCUAUCCUCAGACACGACAUGCCCGGAGCCCUGCGAAGAGUGGAAGGAGCUGCCACACUACUACAACAAGCUUCUGAUAUGCUACGUGCUGAUCCUUACUCUGGCCCCGCAAGGAAAAAGCUGAUAGAAGGUUCGAGAGGCAUCCUCCAAGGCACGUCGGCUCUUCUCCUCUGCUUCGAUGAGUCUGAAGUCAGGAAAAUUGUCAAGGAAUGCAAAAAGGUGCUGGAUUACCUUGGCGUGGCAGAAGUAAUAGAUACUAUGGAAGACCUGGUGCAAUUCCUGAGGGACAUAUCGCCGGCGCUGUCGAGAGCUGCUAGAGAGGUAGCAGCUCGCGCAGCGGAACUAACCCACCCUCCUCACGCUGAAACCUUGGCGCGGUGUCUUGAAAGCGUAAAGCAGUUGGCUCCUGUGCUCAUUUGCUCUAUGAAGAUAUACAUACAUAUCCUCACUGAAGGUGGCAAAGGCAUCGAAGAGGCGGCCGAGAACAGAAACUACCUUGCCCAGAGGAUGGCUGAUGAAAUUCAUGAAAUUAUACGAGUAUUGCAGCUAACAUCGUACGUGGAGGACGGCGGAGAAAAGGACAACAUUGCCGUCCUGAAAGCACUCCAGGCCCAGAUACACGGCAAGAUGGCUAACGCGCAUGAAUUCCUCAACGAUCCUGACGCCUUACGCAAUAGCAGCGGUGAAAGAGCGCUCCGCUCCGUGCUGACGUCAGCGCAGCGCGCCGCGGAGCACCUCGGCCCCGCGCACGCCGAUGCCAUCAGAAGAAUCGUCAGGUCUGGCGGGAUAAAUGGCGAUCAAUUGUGUGAUGAGAGACAAUACGGCCAUGGAAGAGAAGCUAAGGCAUUAAACCUAGCCUCCGACCUUCGCAACCAAAUCAACGAAGUGGACUCCAUAGUGAACGAAGGAGUCCGGGCUGCGGAACAGGCUGGAGGAAAAACCAUGAGAGCCAGGAUGGAGACCGCUCAUAAAUGGCUUUUGCAUCCUAACGCGGACCCCCACACGAGGGUCGAGGGCCAGAAGGCGAUUAACAGCAUCGUUUCUCAGGGACAAAGGAUCGCGGAUGGCCUCCAAGGGCGAGAGAAGGCUGAAAUCCUUCAGUUGUGUUCGGACGUGCAACGUCUAUCUGACAAGUUGGCCGACUUGUGCGCCAGCGGAAGAGGAGACUCGGAAGAAGCCCGUGCGAUUACCAGGGAGCUGACAGAUAAACUGCACGCACUUCAACGUGGCAUGGAUCGCGCGUGCGUCAAUCGUGUGGUGGAGGAUUUCAUCGACGUCGCCGCGCCGCUGCGCCACUUCACUGAGGCCGUCAACGCACCUGAAGGUACACCAGGCCGCGAAGCCAACUUCCAUGACAAAGCAGCUGCCCUACAGGCGUUCAGCCAACGAGCAGCCGCCACCGCCCAUAUGGUUGCGGCUAACUCGCACCAUAAUAAGAGGCUUGCCGAUCAGCUCACGCACCAUGCUAGAGAGGUUGAAAAACUGUCUCCCCAACUUGUGGCAGCCGGCAAGAUCAGGCUCAACUAUCCCGAAAGUAAGGUGGCAGAGGAGCAUUUCAACAAUCUGAAAAACCAGUACGCCGACGCGGUUCUGCGCGUGCGUGACUUGUGCGACCAAGCCGUAGAUCCGCUUGACUUUGUACGCACCGCCGGCGAGCUGAUGCAGAAACACACGUAUCUGUGCGAGGACGCCAUCCGCAACAACGAUUCGCAAAAGAUGGUCGACAACACUUCCGCUAUCGCCAGGUUAGCAAACCGCGUGCUCCUGGUGGGCGGCGCCGAGCGCGAGAACACAGAGGACGCCGAAUUCGCUCGCGCUCUAAACAGCGCACAUCAGCGCUUGCAAGCGGCCAUCGCACCCGCCGUGCACCGCGCUAAGGCCGUGGCUUUAGGAGAUUCUUCACAAGCGCCUUCGUGGCGGCAGGCUAACUCUGAGAUCAUCAACGCCGCUUCCGCCGUAGAAUCCGCUCUCUCCCGUCACUACGCUCCACCUCCACCGCCGCCGGCACUUCCCGAAGCUCUCUCAGCGCUGCACGUGUCCAAGCAGCAGGCGCCUCCCCGCCCGCCCCCGCCUUCUAGCGGGGCUCCACCCCCGCGCCCUCCACCACCUGAUACUGACGAUGAAGGCGAGGACAUAUUCAGCAGGCAGCCUCACCCGAGCCAACCUAUUUUGGUGGCAGCGCACAAUCUCCACAAAGCCGUGCGCGAGUGGUCCUCCAAAGACAACGAGAUCAUCGCCGCCGCCAAACGCAUGGCGAUCCUCAUGGCGCGCCUGUCCGAACUCGUACGCUCCGAUUCUAAGGACUCCCUGCGUGCCAAACAGGACUCUUCAAAUACAAUCUACCGCGCGCUUCUAUAUAGUAGCAAGCGCGAGCUGAUCGCAACGGCGAAGGCGAUCGCCGAGGCUUCCGAAGAAGUCACAAGGCUCGCCAAGAAACUCGCGCUGGAGUGCACGGAUAAGAGGAUUAGGACCAACCUGCUUCAAGUGUGCGAGCGCAUCCCCACCAUCGGCACUCAGCUCAAGAUCCUGUCAACUGUCAAGGCUACCAUGUUGGGAGCUCAAGUCGGCAUGGCGGAUUUCAAAGGAAGCGAAGAGGAUCAGGAGGCGACGGAGAUGCUGGUCGGCAAUGCGCAAAACUUGAUGCAGAGCGUGAAAGAAACAGUAAAGGCGGCUGAAGGCGCCUCCAUCAAGAUCAGAACCGAGCAGGGCGGCUACAGGCUUCGCUGGGUGCGUCGCUCACCGUGGUACCAGAUCUAAAUGACGUAUGCGAUUACUAACUGCAACAGUUUCUUUUGCCACAGCAUAAAAAUGUAGUACUAAGUAGCCAGAUCUGUAUAACUAAAACUCUGGUAAAAAUAUUCUAUUAUUUAUGAAGGCAAACCCACUUUGUCAGAAGAAAAAGGCGCGAAAUCCUAAUUUUCUAUGCGAGGACAACCCUUCGCGCCUACAUCUUUAAAAUUUCCGCCUUUUCUACUGACGGAAAUAAUUUGCCAAACUAUAGAAUAUAAAUAUACUCUAUCAAGAUCAGAACCGAGCAGGGCGGCUCCAGGCUUCGCUGAGUUCGUCGUUCACCAUGGUACCAGAGGGCCUAUCGCGAACCACGUUCGACGUGUUGCCUCCCUGUCACACUUACGUACGAAUUUACAAGUGCGACAGAGAGGCAGCACGUCGAACGUGGUUCGCGGGAGGCCCUCAGAUCUAAACCUCUACCAAGAACCAAUGUCAUAGGUGAAUGCGUUAAGUGACAAUUCCCUAAUAUAUGUAUCCAUUUUUUUAUACAACUCGUAUGGCGAAAAAAGGUUACUUAAUUUGGGUACAAGAUCAAAUUCAGCAUAAUCAUGCGAUGCAAUCACGAUAUCCAUACCUAGAGCUAAAUCUCCUCAAUCAAUGCAAUAUGUGAAUAUAAUCAACCGCCAACACACAGCAUAAAAAUGUGUAAUUUAAUUUUACAUAUAUUUUACUGGUUCUGUAAAACAUCAGAUUAAAAUAAUAAUAAGUACUCAUAUUGAACUCUAUCGUCUUAGAUUUAAAGUUCAAAAUGUAUUUGGAAAGAUUCAUGACAUCGCAUAAUAUUUAUAAUAGGUUUAGCGUAUCUCUUAUUAUAUUAGCUAUCUUAAGUUGUCGUGCUAAAAUGAACCUUAAUGUAACAGAAUUUUACCUAUUUUUAUAAAGCAACAUGUCUGUUACAUUAAAGUUUAUUUUUGUACGUUCGAUUAAUGCAAUUACUAAUAUUUUAGUAACACUUUCAUACGUUAAACUUUAUAUGUGACGUUUUCAAUCAAAAGGUACCACAUUGUCGCUUACCAUAAGGACGAAAAUUGGUUGUAUCUUAACCUGUAAGAGCGUCCUUAUGGCCCUUAUGGCGAGCGACAAUGUGGUACCUUUUGCUUGAAUACGACACAUUUCUAUUGUAUCGUGUCACCGUCAACACGUCUCAAGAUAAAUUAAAAGAUACUCAACAAGGAUGAAAAUCGGUUGACGGCUGACAUUUUUUUUAACGAUUUUUUUUGACAAAGUGUGAUGAGGAAAGUAAGUGCCAUGUGCUAGUGCUUUAUAAUGUAACCUAGGUGUAGAAAUUAGCCCUAAUUAAAUAUUUUCAAACACUAUUAGUAUUAUUACUGAAAAUACAGGGCGACAAUAUAUAGGUAAGUACAACUAAAUAAUUGUUUUCUAAUUUGCCUUUAUUUUUCUGUUUUUAAAUGAACGAUUACGGCAUAAUUUGGCAACUCCAAGUUUUUUUGUACUAAUGGUGUUCGAAAACCGUAUAUUAAAUCAUAUUGUGUAUUUUUAUAUACUAGAAUUAAUAAAUAAUGUUACAUUUACAAGAAUCUGAUCUAUUCGUGCUAUUUCGUAAUAUAUGCGUAAGCGUAACAUAUUAUACUUCGCACCAAAUAUUUGUACAAAAAAGGUUAUUAAUUCUUGCUAUAGAGUCAAUGACCUUUUUUAUGAGUACAUAUUGGUUAAGAAGUAUACUAAUUAGCGGGCCUUUAAAAAUCCACCCUAUGCCUUUAAAUAUAAGGUUGAAUUUUAGGCGCUUAAGAAUGAAUGUAGUUAGUAAGGGGUAUGGUGCGAUUCAUUUUGUAUUGGACAAAGACAGUUACAGUUUUUAUUCAUGAACUUAGGUUUAUUUUCUUGUUUUCCCAAUAGUUUGAUAUCGUAUGACUCAUGUUGUCAGUAUAUAUUUUAUUUUACAGCCAAAAUAUUGCUUUAGACCCCUUUGUAUGUAUUUGUGUACUGUGAAAUGUUGCAAGUUUCGUUUUCUGUCUUUCGGUAGGUAUUGUAUGAAAAUUGCCUACCGGAGUUUUACUUGAAUAUGAACACAUUUUUUACAACAAAGAUAUAAUUAAAUCACAUUUAGAAACGGGUCUAUCGCGAAUUUAUUUCGACCAGUGAAACCCGAAACGUUGGUAAAUAAAGGUAACAAAAUAAAUUCGCGAUAGACCCGUUUCUAAAUGUGAUUUAAUAUGUGUUUAAACCGCGAAAGUUUUAAAUGUUAUAAAGAUAUAAUUGUUUAACAAGAUGUUGAGCAAGAAUUUCAGAUAGAAACAGUGUCCUUAAACUAGUACAUUCAUUUAAUUACAAUUAUCAUGCUAAAAAAUUUCACCUUGGCCGUUAUGAUUACAUGUGUCCUAAAAAAAGGACAUUAGACUACUAAUUUAUGUACGAUUUAUGCGCGAAUUUAUUUCGACCAGUGAAACCUGUGUCGAAACGUCGGUAAAUAAAGGUAACAAAAUAAAUUCGCGAUAGACCCGUUUCUAAAUGUGAUUUAAUAUGUGUUUAAACCGCGAAAGUUUUAAAUGUUAUAAAGAUAUAAUUGUUUAACAAGAUGUUGAGCAAAAAUUUCAGAUAGAAACAGUGUCCUUAAACUAGUACAUUCAAUUACAAUUAUCAUGCUAAAAAAUUUCACCUUGGCCGUUAUGAUUACAUGUGUCCUAAAAAAAGGACAUUAGACUUUACUAAUUUAUGUACGGUCUUAUGGCGAUAUUCAUAUACUGUCAAGUCUAAUAAGCCAUUGAUAAUCGUUGUCCCUUAUCUGUCAUUUAGACAUUUUGUAUUUGUUAAAUGGGAAUGAAAUUUAAAAAAAGUUUGCUUAGUUUUAUGAAUAAGGGGUUGUGACGUUUCACAGUAUUAGAAAAUAAACAGUAUGUCUUCCGGUUGUGAUGUCCCUUAAUAUGGUAUAUAAUGUACUAUUGUACUGGUAUUUAUAUUUAUCAGACUGGCUUAGCCUCGCCUUAUGAUUAAGCCUUGAGAGAUUGUCUUGUACAAAAUGAAAUAAUGUAUAUUUUUGUAUGAUCGUGUAAUUAUAUUGUAAUGAGUGUAGGUCUGUAUAUAUUCAGUCUUUGCAAGUGAAAUUAUUAGGUUUUAAUGUGUGUCCUAAAAAAAGGACAUAAUGAUUCUGUUUAACAGUAAAUAUGGAGUUUUUGAAUAAUAGACCGUAUCGUCAGUUUUAACUGUUAUUGUGUCCUAAAAAUAGGACAUUUCGGUCUUGCCAGGCCUCGGGUAUGCUUUAGCACUGAUCAGUUCAUCCGCACAUUCAGCUUAAGCAUUUUACCUCCUAAGGCCCAGUCACCCAAAUGUAUAAUUCAAAAUUUGGCACUAAAAUUUGAACUUAUUGUGCAGGGAAUGCGGUUGAUUUUAUAUGAAUAUGAUUUAAAUUUCAUCGAACUGAAUAAGUCCUAUAGGCAGGAACUUGGGCCUUUGGUGGUUAAUAUUGACAUGUUUUGGACAGCCAAAAUGUUAGAGUAGCAUACGGAAGGUUAACCUUACUUGCCAGGAAUGUACAGUCAGCUACAGAGAUAGUUGGACCCCCCCCCCCUACAAAGAAAUUUCUAUGCAGGGGGGGGGGGGGCAGUUAUCUCUGCAGCUACUUACUAUACUUUUUAUAGUAUUUUUUCGUGUAGUCUUUAUGCACAUAUAACCCAUUCAACCAGUGAAAAAGUUAAGUACAUUAUACCAUAGUAAAUAUAAUUAAGUGUAUUUAAUAUAGAAGAUUAGUAUUUAACUUAAUGUAGGAACUGUGCUAAAUUGUCACUAAAUUUUAAUGAUAGCGUGAUUUAUUAAUAUUUUAUAACUUUUUGUUGCCUUAUUGAUUAUUAUUUAUUCUAAUAAAGGAUUAUUUUUA